AUGCUCCUGCUCCACAUGCUCUCAGAGCACCAGCAAGACACGCACAAGGCCGUGGCGGCGCCGGUGAAGCGAGAGGAAGCAGGUCACCAAGUCAGCGCCGGGCGCGCGUUCCGCGGGGUGCGCAAGCGGCCGUGGGGCAAGUACGCGGCAGAGAUCCGUGACUCGACGCGGAACGGCGUGCGGGUGUGGCUGGGCACCUUCGACAGCCCGGAAGCUGCGGCACUGGCCUACGACCAAGCUGCGUUCGCCAUCCGCGGCGGCGCCGCCGUGCUCAACUUCCCUGCCGACCAUGUCAGGCGCUCUCUCGAGGGCGCCGUCGCCGACGUGUGUGGCUGUGCCCACGGCGUUUCGCCCGUGCUGGCGCUCAAGCGGCGGCACUCCAUGCGUAGCCGGAAGGCCAUGACCACAGGCAUGAAGUCGAAGGCCGCCACCCGGGGGGCGCAGCCAGAGGGCAUGGUGAUGGAGCUUGAGGACCUUGGUGCGGAGUACCUGGAGCAGCUGCUCGGCGCCUCAGAGGACAGCGCCACCAUGGAUUCAUGGUGCUGGAGCCACCACUCCAUGACUUGA